UACACACAAACGCCACGCCGCCGCCGACCAGCCAACAACCCCACCAAUCUGCUUCCACCCCGGCUCGGAAGCUUCCGGAGCCUAGGGUUCCCGCCCCCUAUGGCGCUCCUCUCCGACGACGCCGAGUUCUACCUCCAGGUCGGCGCUCUUUGGGUGCUCUCCGCCACCGUCGCCAUCACGAUCCUCAGGGGCUGGAUCCGCGGCCACGGCUUCCACCCAAACACGUCCCACCUCUUCGUGCUGGGCCACAGCUUGGUGCUCGCCCAGGACGCCCUCCGGCUGCUCCUGGUCCACGGGAACAUCCCCAAGCCCUACCGGUGCAGACGAUGCCCCGGAGACGCCAGCGUGCCGGCAGUCUGGGACUGCAUUCUUCUGGCGACAGUGUACAGCCGGGAUCUCGCUUCACCAUGCUGCUGGUCGUGGGUGUGUCGUUCCUGGGGGAUGUUUGGGGGGAAAGGAUGCCACCACGUCCGAGUGUUCCUGAAAGGAGGGGUCUCAGUAAAGUUGGAGCCAUCAUUAUCGAGAUUUUAAUGUUCAUUUCCUCUGUUUUGUCGUGCAUCCACGGUUUGCCCGUCUUGCUUGAAGACUACAUGGCUGCUGCAGCGAGUGGCAGGGAUGCUGCUGUGGCAUAGCGUUUGUUGUGGAUCGAGACACAAGGUAAUUUGAUGGAGUAAAACAGCUGUUCUGUAAGUGGCUUUCAUAAGUCGACGAACUACAAGUGGUUGGUGUAACUGGAUUCGAUGCUACUACAUGUUACCGGAUGCUGUCCGUCCUCAAAGGCUCAAACCAUUGUGGAACCAAUAUGGCAUAGUUCAGCUAGGACAUGUGGCUAUCGUCCAUGUACGUUUUACAAGCAUAACCAGGACCAGACGACGAGCCUAAGUUUUG